AUGCGUUUCGCCGUCUCCGUCCUCGUUACCCUGCUCGCUGGUUUCACUGCCGGCGAGACUCUUGAUCUCACCGGCAAGUGUGCCGACCGUGGCGGCGUCUACAGCUGGGACUGCAACAUCAACCAGGAAAACACCGCUGCCCUCACCUGCAACUCUCGUCUCAGUGGCGGCGGCUCAUACUGCUCCGACUGUGUGAGGCUGGAUACCCCCGGCUUCUUUGAGUGCUCCUGCGCCGGCAACAACUGCCCCUGA